AUGGAGCUGCAAGCUAACCUCCAACUGCAGUCGCGCCCAAGAUCGCAAGCUCCCUCGAAACCAAAUCUCCUUCUCCCAUCCGCAGUGGCGCUUCAUGCUCAACUGAACCCUCCGCCUCCAAACCCAGCUCCUGAAUUCGCCAUCAAAACCUCAAAGAAGAGAAGAACUCUCCAAGACUGGCUCCCCUCCACCCCCGACGCCGCCUCCCCCCCUUCCUCUCGCCAUGGCUCCUCCUCUCAAGCUCUCCUCCGCCAUACCGCAAUCCUGAGUAACCUUCUCGACCCCAAUCUCCUCCCUCCUCCUCCUUCUCCCUCCAAUGCCUCCUCCAAGGCCUCCGCCCGUACCCCGUCACCGCAAUCCGUGACCACGAACCCCCUACAUCCCCGUGUCGCAGUGAUUCUGGGCGUCGAUCGUUGCUGGUACCUCCCGCUGCUGAUUUGUCGAGCUUUAAGUAUCGUGCCAGCAGCAUGGUGGGGUUUGCGUUGUGCGUUUACAUUUUUGGCGGAACUGUUGAGGAUUGAGCCGAAUCUAUGGAGGCAGCCGGAGGGCGACGGGGCUGGCGGGGCGGGAGGAUGGACUGCGGCCAUAGUCAAGGGGACAGCGGCAACGGUGGCUGCCGUGGAUUGGGAUGCUGAUCGGAGAUUUAGGGUGACAGAGGUUGCUCUCGCAAUUAUUUGGCUUCACCUCUCGCGAGAAAACGAGCUAGAACUGCCUCUGCUCGUUAUGAGCAAAAAGCUCUGGAAAGUCGUUGCAGAGAAAAUGGUUGUUGUUGAGCACUUGCGUGGCACCGCGCCUCAUGGUUAA